AUGCAAUCCCUUCUCCGACACCGAAUGACCGGCGCAGUCGCGCAAAGCCGACUCGCGCGUCCAAGUCUCCGCCUCAAACCAUCUUACAUUCUAACUCGCCUCGCAAGCUCCCAAGCUCGCCGACUAGACCUACCAGCUCUCGACAAAAAAUGGCAAGCAAAAUGGCAAGACAGCGCCGCGCGCUCAACACCCCACACGAACACAAAACCCAAAUCCUACAUUUUAUCCAUGUUCCCAUACCCAUCUGGAACGCUGCACAUGGGCCAUCUGCGCGUGUACACGAUCUCAGAUGUGAUCUCACGAUUCUAUAAAAUGCGCGGACAUGAUGUGGUCCAUCCAAUGGGGUGGGAUGCCUUUGGGCUGCCUGCGGAGAAUGCGGCGAUUGAGAGGGGCAUUGAUCCUGCUGUUUGGACGCAGGCGAACAUAAAGAGAAUGAAAGAGCAGCUGAGGUGCAUAUCUGCGGAGUUUGACUGGGAUCGGGAACUGGCUACUUGUGAUCCGGAGUUCUAUGAACAUACACAGCGCAUCUUUUUGAUGCUUUAUCAGAAGGGUUUGGCAUACCAGGCUGAGGCACUGGUGAAUUAUGACCCGAUUGAUAAGACAGUUUUGGCCAAUGAGCAAGUCGACGCGAAUGGCUUUUCGUGGAGAUCUGGUGCUAAGGUUGAGAAGUUGAAUUUGAAACAGUGGUUCUUCCGGAUUACUGAGUUCAAAGAGGCGCUUUUGAAGGAUCUUGACUCUCUAGCUGGCGGCUGGCCUGAACGAGUUUUGACAAUGCAGCGCAACUGGCUAGGGAAGUCUUAUGGCGCCAAGGUCACUUUCCCUGUUACUAUCAAUAGUGCGGGGGGUGAAAAGGUCAAUGUAAAGGUUUUUACUACUCGGCCAGACACUUUGUAUGGCGUGGAAUACCUCGCGCUGUCCUUGAACCACCCAAUUGUCUUGAAGGCCGCCGAAAAGGACGAGAAGUUGCGCAAGUUCCUGGGCGAGGCUUCGUCGUUUGCACCGGACUCCAAGGCUGGAUACCGGUUAUCCGAUGUUGAGGUGUCUCAUCCCCUGUGCAAUAUUGAUACAGAAACUGCCCACUUGAAAAGGAAACUUCCUGUCUUUGUGGCACCAUAUGUCCUGAGCGACUACGGCGAAGGGGCAGUUAUGGGCGUUCCAGGUCAUGACACAAGAGACAUGAUGUUCUUCAAGGAAAACAUGAAUCAGGAAUCGAUUCCUCUCGUCAUUCAAGCCGAGUCAGGUGGGAAUGAAGUCAUCAAUAGUGUUGUUCCGACGUCGGAGACAAAGGCUUUCACCCAAGAGGGCUUCUUGACUUCACACUGUGGAAAGUACCAAGGGAUGCACUCUAAAGAGGCUGCGAAGCUCAUUGUCAAUGACUUGCAACAGGUUGGACAGGCCGAGUUCGUUGAAAGUUGGCGUUUGCGAGAUUGGCUCAUCAGCCGUCAGCGAUACUGGGGUGCUCCAAUUCCCAUCAUCCACUGCGGGGACUGUGGUCCGGUGCCCGUACCCGCCGAGGAUCUCCCAGUGAAGCUACCGAAGAUCGAGGGAGAGUGGCUUAAGGGAAAGAAAGGCAACCCUCUUGAGUCGUCAGAGGAGUGGCUCCACACCAACUGCCCUAGUUGUGGAGGACCCGCUCGGCGGGAUACAGAUACCAUGGAUACCUUCGUUGAUUCGUCCUGGUACUUUCUGCGGUUCUUAGACCCUGCCAACAAGAAGGCUCCAUUCUCUCCUUCGGUGGCACAAGCAGUGGAUGUCUACAUUGGGGGUGUCGAGCAUGCCAUUCUGCACCUUCUCUAUGCACGUUUCAUCUAUAAGUUCCUUUCUGGAUCAGAACUUUUCCCAGCUAGAGACUCUGCUGUCGCAGAGCCCUUCAAGGUUCUUCUUAGCCAAGGUAUGGUGCACGGAAAGACAUUCACCGAUCCCUCGACAGGCCGGUUCCUUCUCCCCGACGAAGUCGAUCUCACCCGCCCAGACCAGCCUUUGAUCAAGGGAACUCAAGUCACACCCAACAUUUCUUUCGAGAAGAUGUCAAAGAGCAAAUACAAUGGCGUGGAUCCUACAUUGACCACGUCUAAAUACGGCGCGGAUGCCACUCGCGCACACAUCCUGUUUUCCGCGCCAGUAAGCGAGGUCCUAGAAUGGGACGAGAGCAAGAUCGUCGGUGUGGAGCGCUGGUUCGGUCGGCUCUGGAAGCUCGUCCAAGAUACCCAGCAAUCCCUAGCAGGCUCCUCAUUCACCGUUACAGAAGCAGAGGCCUCUAGUAGCCACGCCGUCUCCCUCCCAGCAUCCCUUCAGGACCUGAGCGAUUCUGACGCCGAUGCAAUUUUGGCCAGUCACAACACCAUUGCAUCAGUGACCGCAUGCAUCGAAAGCAACCCCUACGGUCUGAAUACAGUAAUCUCGGACCUGAUCAAGCUAACGAACGCUCUCGCAUCGGCACCCGCUACCUCCCCUCUCAUCGCCUACCUCUCCAUCUCAUCUCUCCUCCGUUUGCUCGCCCCCAUUGCCCCAGCUCUAGCAUCUGAAUCUUGGGAACUCCUGCACACAACAAUAAGCACCACAAACCCAUCGAUCCUUUCAUCUCCUUGGCCUACCACGCUCCUGACACCCGAACAAGUUGAAGUUCUCUCUUCUCGCGGUGGCCAAACGGUGGCUGUUCAGAUUAACGGUAAACUUCGCUGUGCGGUUACCAUUCCGCGAAUGGAGACCGAGUCUCCGCAGGGCAAGAAGAAUCCCUCACAGGAAGAGCAAGACUGGAUUAUUAGUCGAGUGUUGGAGACUGCUGAGGGACAGAUGUGGCUUCGUGAGAAGCAUGAUUGGGAGAAGAGACGACGGGUCAUCGUUGUUAAAGGGGGAAAAUUGGUUAAUGUUGUUUUCUAA